UAUAGAUGGCGGAGUGACGUCAUGCGAUGAAAACAUCUAUUCAUUUGCACACCGGCAGAUUUCAUUAGUUGCUAUGUAUUACCAUUCAGCACUCCAGACUCAAGAACCAUUGAGUUUCAAGAAAAUAGGGCUAUGUAAACGAAUUCCCCGAUGUCCACGCCCACCUACCGAUACGUUUAUUAAAGUUGAAUUGUAGGCCUACAUCCGUUAUGUAGAGAAGCAUUUGAAAGGCCUUAUCAUUAUUUGAUAGUGAUACUGGUAGUGUAUUGUUUGAAACCGUUUUGUGAAUUGGAUAGCCCAUAGCCGCCAUUUUCGGGCGCGAGCUAUACACAUGUAUUGGGCAGUUGGCCACCCGCAGCCACCAUUUUGGAUGGUCCUAUCAGAACGUACACGUAUAAAGUACGCUGGCUUCAGUUGCUAACCUUUUAAUCCAUAUUUCAACGAAGGUGGCGCCACGUCCACCCCGUGAUAAAUGAAGGUUGUCAAUCGUACCUAAUUAACGCUCGCGUUUACUAAUAACCGUGGUCACACCGUAUUAAACGUUAAAAUAGUGCAGCAAACGAAAGAUGCCGCCUUUCAUCAGUCGGCAAGGUAGUGAAGACGUACCACACAACUAGCAACGUACAAAAAACUGCCACAGGCUAGCCGCUGGGCGCUGUGUGAAUGAACAGAUUUCGUCCUGUGCUUCGUUGCAUCUCGCGUUUUCUUGAAAUUGGCGUUGCCUGCCAUGGAGGGUUUGGGGUUGUUAAUUCUCACGGUGCUAAUCACUGCACGACAAGCAUGCGUUGCGGCGGGUGGGACCCUCUACGUCGCCCGGGAGAACCAGGCGUUGGUCGGGCACACGUUCCUCAGCCUACACGCUACGUCCCUGGUCCAGUGCAUGGUGCUCUGUCACCGCCACCGUCGCUGCUUGUCGUUCAAUCACUGCGACACCGAUGGCACGUGCCAAAUGAACGACGCAAGGGCCGAGGAAAACCCUGAAAGUUUGCAGCAAAAAUCAGGCUUCUUGUACUUCGGCGGCUUGGAAAGUGACACGGAAGGACCGAUGGAAACAACGACUGAAACAGUCCAAGUGAGUACAAAUUCCCAAGGACAAGGGGAUGAACUUGAUGAAAGUGCAGCAGCCAUGUCGACCGUUCUUGUCCUCGGAUCACAGCCCGAAGUUGUAGGAGUAUCGCAGCCUUCUCCUGAUUUUGAGGCUCCAACGGUCACGUGCCCCAAUGCCGUAUGGAGCUAUACCAAUGGAGGAGAAGCCCAAGCCAAGCCCGAUUGGGCGCCCCCAACGGCCGUAGACAACCUGGACGGGGAAAUACCCAGCUCCGAAAUCACGUGCGUGAACGAUCUGGGAUUAGUCGUUGGCCCUGGGGACGGGUUCUACAAGGGGGUCACGACCGUGUGGUGUGAAGCAUACGACAGUGUGCGCAACAUGGGGACGUGCCUUUUCAACGUUUCUAUCAUAGAUUGCGGUGGUUGCGCCCCACUUGGCAUGGAAGAUGGCACUAUACCAGACGAUCAAAUCGGCGCCAGCAGCGUCUUAAACUCCUCAGACGAUGCAAACUAUGGCCCUGGGCUAGCCCGUCUGAAUGGUGCAAAAUCCUGGUGUGCGCCGACGCCUCAGUUGGGUCCAUUGCAGUGGAUCAGUGUGUCUUUGUCGCGCCAAGCAGACGUGUAUGGCGUGAUUGUCCAGGGGCGCCCCUCCAGCGACAUGUUCGUGACCAAUUUUAUCGUGUAUUACCGAGAUGAUGCUUUGCAAGGAUGGAGCCACAUUAGAGAAGACACAGGAUCUCUAACAACGUUCGAUUCCUCUAAGUCCGGCGAAACAGCGGUCCACGUGCCGUUUCAAUCAGCGUCGCGGGACUACAUCCACCUCGGGCACCUUCGCAUCACGCCCAUAAAGUGGCAGACGGCGGUCUGCAUGCGCUUGGAAAUCAUCGGGAAAACUACGCCUUUUUCGGUAGACGGUUAACUGCUGCGUGGGGCAAAAGAGCCUGAAAGUUGACCCCCGGUGGCGCGCUUCCGGACCCCACGAAUAGGCAUAUCAGCGUGUAAAACUAAAAAGUCGGAGUUUUGAAAUUAUUUUAGGGACAUUGAUUUCUUAAGAAAAUCACCCUCAAAGGGCCUUUGUGAAAUUGUUACUAGCAUCUCAAUUUAUGGAAACAGAAAAAUCGCAUGACGUGAAAGAAGUAUCGUGCCAAACUUGGACCUCUCACUUCCAAAAAUCUAAAAUACAUGUGGACUAGUGGAACUCGGAGCACUCGUGCAAUGAUGAAACUUUAGAGCCUAUGAAAUAAUUUGGGGCAGUCGUUAUUUUGGGCAAACUCUUAAACUUCAAUAGGAGACUAAAAUGUCUUUUUGGGACACACAGUUUUUUUAAAUAAACUUGAAAGAGUUAUUCUCAUUUAAAUUUACAAACAAAUCGAAAAUGACCGUUGAUAAGAACUGUAAUAAAGUGUGAUUCAAACAUGGCCGACUAAAUCUAGAGUCCAGAUGUAUAGUAAUAUCAUUUUCGUUUUCGUGUAAGUAUAGUACGCGAUGUGAAUACAAACGUGAUCAAAUUAAUUAAGUACAGAAAUCCGAGGGUGAUGUUCUUGAGAAAUCAAUGUACCAACAAUAAUUUUUAAAAACCUCUGACUUUUGUAACAUAAAAGUCAGAGUUAUAUCACAAAAUAUUAAGUGCUAGUAUAAUUGUCCUGUUCGAGGGGUCCGGAAGCACGCCACCAGGAGUCUUUCAGACUCUAGUACUCUUGAUUCCUGGGCCAAGUUCGCGCAG